ACACGCUUCUUGGUUUCGGAUAGACCGGUCAAAGCCAGUACAAGAACCACACAGAUCUACCGCGCUCACAAGCAGCAAGCUUCACCAGACAGAACUCGCUCGUUGCAAUCCUACAGGCCUGCUCCGGCGCCGCUACUAGCCAACGCAUGUUCCCCUCACCUUCUCCUUCCCCCUCGCCCUCGCCAGGCCCUGGCUUCCUCUAUCUGAACUCUCAUGGUCAUCAUCAACCGGGAGGUCAUGGCGGGACCGGGACCGGGGGAGCAGGUGGUGGUGGAGGUAGCGGCCUGAUGGGCUCUGGCUCGGCAGGUAAUGGUGCCUCGCCCUUUGGGCCUCCCAAUGGCGCAGGAGGGGGUUUCCCUCAAUUGGGUCGUUUCCCUCAGCAAGCAGUAGGAUGGGGUGGUCCGCGGUCGCACCAACAUCCUGUGGCCGCGCACCAUCAGCAAAACUCCUCCCUAUCAUCUUUGCCCAAUUCUUUAAUCCACUCCUCUGCAGCUUCCUCGAUGAACGCCAAUGGAGGACCGCCGUCCCCAGCGUACGGAACGCUAUCUGGUCAUCAUCAUCACCAUCCACACCACCACGUACAGGCAUCUAGCAACCUCUCUCACAUGUCUUCUCCCAGUACCCUGCACGCAGGCAUAAGUCAUGUUCCGGCUUCCACGUCCUCCGCGUCUAUUGCUGCUGCAAAUGGCUCGCCGCAUUGGCAACAGCAGCUGAUCAAGGCAGAGAUCUCGCGUCAAUCUUCUUCUCCUCACCACCACGCUCGGGCUGCAGCGCUCGCGGCUCGGAGCGCCACUAGCGCUGCUGUAGCAAUACAAGAUCCCUCCAAGGGCACUAUGCACAUUCCGCAGACGGCAGCUAACGGCCUCCACCUGGGCAGCAAAAAGGAAGCGCAGUCCGAAGAGACCAGUGGUGUCAACGGCGAGCUGGCCUCUGGCGGUAAAAAUGGCAAGGGAGAGGACGACAAGCAGAGCUGGACCACGAUCGACAUGGGCGGUCUGGGUCUUCGCAACUUGGCAAAAGAAGUCUACCGUUAUGACUUCUUGACCUCCCUCUUCAUCAACCACAAUGGCUUGACCAGCUUGAGCCCCGACAUUCUUCAAUUGAAGAAGCUCUCGAUUCUCGAUGCCAGCGGAAACAAGCUCGUUACCCUACCGGCGGAAUUGGGGAUGCUCGUGGGUCUCAAGGAGCUGUUCCUGUUCGACAAUCAGCUGGUCAACCUGCCUCCAGAGCUCGGAACUCUGCACAAUCUGGAGCUGCUCGGCAUCGAGGGCAACCCGAUGGCCGAGAACAUCAGGUCGUUAGCGCAACGUGAGGGCACACAAGCCGUUAUCGCGUACCUCAGAGAUUCUUGCCCGGUGCCGCUUCCGCCUCCUGAGCGCGAAUGGAUCAGCAUCGAGCCGGAUUUGGGUCCUCCCAGGCACGACUCUGAAGGACCCGAAGCUCCCGCUGAGUCCUUCAAUGUGCUUUGCUACAAUAUCCUCUGCGAGAAAUACGCUACUCAGCAACUCUAUGGCUACACACCGAGCUGGGCGCUUGCGUGGGACUACCGCAAGGAGUUCAUUCUGCAAGAGGUGAUGAGCUACGGUGCCGACAUCUGCUGCCUGCAAGAGGUGGAUGCUGAGCAGUACGAGGACUACUUCCUUCACCAUCUGGCUCAGCAAGACUACGAAGGAAUCUUCUGGCAGAAGUCUCGGGUGAGGACAAUGCGAGACGAAGAGAAGCGCAAGGUGGAUGGUUGCGCCAUCUUCUACAAGAGUACGAAGUUUGCUCUGAUUGAGAAGCAGCUCAUCGAGUUCAACCAAAUUGCUCUUCAACGUCCGGACUUCAAGAAGACCGAGGACAUGUUCAACCGAGUCAUGACCAAAGACAACAUCGCCGUCAUUGCCCUCUUCGAGAACAAGGAUUCCGGAAGUCGGCUCAUUGUCGGCAAUGUGCACACAACAUGGGACCAUGAGUUCAGAGAUGUCAAGCUCGUGCAAGUCGCAAUGCUGAUGGACGAGAUGGGACGAAUUGCAGAGAGGUUUGCCAAAUUCCCGGCCAAGCUCAAUGUCGCAGAGGGUUACCCUGCUGCGCCCAAGUAUCAGAAUGGCACUCAGAUUCCCACUAUUGUCUGUGGAGACUUCAAUUCCGUUCCAGACAGCGGAGUCUACGACUAUCUGAGCUCGGGCGCUAUAGCUGGCAAUCACGAUGACUUCCAAGAUAAAGUCUAUGGUAGAUACACUGCCGAAGGCAUGGAUCAUCCUCUGUCCCUCAAGUCUGCCUACUCGAAUGUCGGCGAGCUGCCCUUCACCAACUACACUCCUACCUUCGUCGGUGUAAUUGACUACGUGUGGUACAACCAGAAUGCCCUCGCCGUCACGGGUCUGCUUGGAGAAGUGGACAAGGGCUACGUGAGCAAAGUGGUUGGUUUCCCCAAUGCUCACUUCCCUUCGGAUCACAUCUGCAUUCUGUCCGAAUUCCGCGUCAAGCACCCACGGGAAGCUCCUGUGAGAAAGGCGGUGGACUUCGGACCUCAGUCAAGAAACAACCGGCGUUAGUGAGGCAUGCAGACAAAGAGAGAAAUUCGAGAUAGAGAGGUGGAGUGAUAUGGAAAGGGGCUGCGCGGUGCCCAGUAUAGUCAGUAGAUUGCCUCUCCUUGUUUCGUCUGCCUAG